AACACUUCUCAUUGAGGAGUGUGAAAAGGAACUCGAAUUAGCAGUCGUCCUGGCGCAGGGCUGUGGCUUCAGAGUUCAGAAAACAGCUGCUGUAUAUCGGUCACGCACUGCUUUUUUGUAACCAGUUAUAGAUCUGUUGGCCCCAAGUUCUUAAACUCUGCCACCAGCAGCAAAAAUCUACGGGCGGGAUUUCUUUAUUUAUAGGCCCGAUCUUUUCUAAAGCCCUCAUUCUCUCGAUAGGAAGCAGAAUCUCUGUAAAGAAAUGCCUUGCCUCAAUUUAACCCCUGUACCGCCAGUAAAACUACUCUCGGACCUUUAGUUUACCGCUUUUAGAUCAACCACUCUUUGAACAACAUGCUUGAAAUGAUAGAUUUUGGUAAAGAUAGUGUUCCAGCUAAUAUAGCUCAACUAGGUCAUCACGAUAUUCAAACCAGAUCACUACGUCAAGGUAGCAGCUAUUAUCGGGGUUCGUCACUUUCGGAAAACGAUGAUAAUCUUUUGGAAUUUUCCCGUAUUAUACACUACUUUAUUUGAAUUGUGCUCAUUAUCCUGGUAAAUGACAUCUUGAAUGAAUUCAGUGACCAAUUCAAAUAAAAUUUACCAUGAACGUCAAUCUAAAAUGUUUUGUGCAUUGCAUGCGCUGAACAAUGUAUUUCAGGAUAAAAUAUUUUCAAAGCAUUGCUUAGAUAAAAUAGCUGAUAAUCUUAAUAGCAAUUCAUUUAUUAAUCCACAUAGAAAUGUAUUUGGACUGGGGAAUUAUGACGCAAAUGUGUUAGUCAUUGCUCUUCAACAAUGUGGUUAUGAUAUUGUUUGGUGUGAUAAACGCAAAACAAUUGCUGCGCAUAAUCUAAAUUUUGAUAAUAUUUUUGGAUAUAUAUUGAACACAUUUUCUAAUCGUCGUAUUUUUAACUUAACAUUACCAUAUUCAGGAAGUCAUUGGAUUGGUUUACGAAAAUUAGAGCAUGAUGAUAAAUAUUCAUAUUUUAAUUUAGAUUCUAAAUUAUGCGAACCGGUUGUAGUUGCGUCAACGGAUGAUGAAUUUGUUAACUAUUUAGAAGGACGUCUUAGAGAGUAUCCAGAGACUCAACUCUUAUUUGUCGUAUCCAAUGAAGUGCUUCAGCAACGAUCUUGGACGCAUAAUAAACAAUGAGCACAAUUAAGGACGAUCUAAUUUUUUAGUAAGUUUGGAAAAUUCAGCCACCUAUCUUUUUUUUAACAAUUGGAGGAUCGUUUUUUAAAUGUUUGAAUAUCUCCAACAUCAAUAGGAUAGCUACUAAAUCCAACACUCUAAACUAUGGGUAAUUUGACUGAUAAAUUUUCGCAUUUUGCUGACUUAAUAGAAGUCUUCUGUAAUUAAGAUAAUCUUCGGCAUAUGGCAGGAUUAAUUGCUGGACUUUGGAAUGCACUACUACUGCUAUAUAUAUAUGCAUAUUCUCUGAUCUUUAUAAUCAUUCACAGCAGUUAGUCGGUUCAAUUCAAACUAAAAGAAAUUUUCACUGGAUUAACAGAAUGAAUGUUGUUAGUACAUGAAUUAACUUAUUUUGUAAUAUAUAUAAAAAUGUAUUAAAUAAAUAUCAAUAAAUUAUGUGAUGAUUUAAUAACAUAUUUCAUCCUAAUAAAAUUUAAUGAUUAGCGAACAUGCAGAUGUACAUGCCUUCUGUUUGAUG